CCGCCGCCCAGGCUUUUCCGGCCGUCGCAAAACGGGGCGUAAAAAGCAAGCGCCGCCCGGUGCGGGGACACGGAGGAUUUAUGGUUGUCCAGCCCGGCUCCUUGCUGCCCGAGCACACCCGCUAGGCCAUGAGCGGGCACCGGGGCGCCAAGCGGCGCUGUGGGGAGGCCCCGCCGGAGGCCCCGUGGGGCUGCGGGCACGGCCCCGGCGGGGGCUGCGUGCUCAGCAAGCUGGUGCAGCUGCCCACGCCCCCCCUGAGCAAGCACCAGCUCAAACGGCUGGAGGAGCACAAGUACCAGAGCGCCGGCCGCUCCCUGCUCGAGCCCCUCAUGCAGGGCUACUGGGAAUGGCUGGUGGGCAGGGUGCCCGCCUGGAUCGCCCCCAACCUCAUCACCAUCGUCGGGCUGUUCAUCAACAUCUCCACGACCCUGCUCCUGGUGUGCUACUGCCCCACAGCCACGGAGCAGGCACCUCCCUGGGCAUACAUUGCUUGUGCUUGUGGCCUUUUCAUCUACCAGUCCCUGGAUGCCAUAGAUGGGAAACAAGCCAGAAGGACAAACAGCAGCACUCCCCUGGGAGAGCUCUUUGACCAUGGCUGUGACUCUCUGUCCACAGUCUUUGUGGUUUUGGGAACUUGUAUUGCUGUGCAGCUGGGCACCAACCCUGACUGGAUGUUCUUUUGUUGUUUUGCUGGGACAUUCAUGUUUUACUGCGCUCACUGGCAGACCUACGUCUCGGGAACGCUGCGCUUCGGGAUAUUCGAUGUGACAGAGUCCGUGCUCUGCACUGUGGCCAUCCAGCUGCUCUCGGGAAUUCUGGGACCCUGGGUCUGGAAUUACACGAUUCCAAUCCUGAACAUCCAGGUGAAAAUAUUCCCAGCUCUCUGUACUGUGGCAGGAACCAUCUUCUCCUGCACCAACUACUUUGGAGUGAUCUUCACAGGGGGAGUUGGCAAAAAUGGCUCCACCAUAGCAGGCACGAGUGUGCUGUCGCCGUUCCUGCACAUCGGCUCGGUGAUCGCCCUGGCUGCCAUGAUCUACAAGAAAUCCGCCGUGCAGCUCUUCGAGAGGCACCCCUGCCUUUACAUCCUCACCUUCGGCUUCGUCUCGGCCAAAAUCACCAACAAGCUGGUGGUUGCACACAUGACCAAGAGUGAGAUGCACUUCUAUGACACAGCUUUCAUUGGCCCAGCCCUGCUCUUCCUGGACCAGUAUUUCAACAGCUUCAUCGAUGAGUACAUCGUGCUCUGGAUUGCCCUGGUGCUGUCCCUGCUGGAUUUGCUCCGGUACUGCGUCAGCGUCUGCUCCCAGAUCGCCGCCCACCUCCGCAUCCACGUGUUCCGCAUCCAGGGCUGCCCCUCCCACUCCAACCACCACUAGGAGACCGGGAAUCUCCGGGAAAACCAGGAAAGGGUUGCUUUGCUGCACGACCAGGUGGCGUAGGAGACUCGAGGCACAGCGACGAGAACCAAGUAAUUUAUACUCAUAAUCAAUGUUGUCUAACUCUGACUCUGCGGUUUCAGUAACACUCCCUGGAUGGUCUCCUGCCCUGGGACAGGGAAUUCCACGUAGUCAUCUCUCCGUGUAGUCAGCUCUGUCGGCUCCAAGCCUGGGCAAAGCAUGCAGGGUUGAUGAUGCUCUGUCGUUGUAACCCCCCCGAUUCCAAAUUAACCCCCAGUUUCUAACGUAGUGUCCGUGCAGCCACGAGCUCGCUUUGGGUUUUAAUCUCUCAUCACCUCCUCGUGAAAUACUCCUUUAGUGUCCACUCAAAAUUCAUUUGACUACAGACCUGAGCUGGUUCAGACCCCCAGAACACCCCCAGAUAUCUCACUGGCUGAAGCCGCUGCCAGGUCGGAGCCCAGGCUGGGCUGGGUUUGGGUUUCUUUUUUUUUUUUGCUUGUGUAUUUGGAAAACAAACAAACAAAGCAAAAAAAAAAGCGGUUUUUUUGUGCUGGAAAGAAAAAAAAAAGGACGUGUUGAACAGGGUUCUGCAGGCAAAGGGGUGCCCGGCAUGCAAAAUAGUGUGGUAUCUUUGUCUCAAUUAAUUUUAUUUUUUUAAAUAAACGUUAUCUAAAAAAAAAAAGAAAACAACUUUAUUUCCAAGCGAUUUUCUUUGGUGGGAAAAGACUAUAAAGAAGAAAGAAAGAAAAGAAAGAAAAGAAAAUUUUACUGUUUACUUUUUUAUGUAUAAAAACUUAAAAGGCAAAAUUUCCUUUCUGCUCUUAAUAAAGAAGAAUUCUGAGGGCAACAGUUGGC